AUAAGACUUAUAAAGAUAGAAUUACAGAGUAUAGUUGCUUGCAACCCCGAGUGGAGAACCGGUGGUGGUGCCUGAAUCCUGAUGGUUGGUGGUAGCUGGUUGCAACAACCCUCCAAAUAAAUCCAUAGAAGCACUGUUGUAACGGCAUCAGCGCAGACAAGUGGUCGGAGUCGGAGACAUCUGGUUUGGCCGAUUCAGGGCAACACCAGCACAGACUAAUGAUUUUUAGGUUUGAAUGGCUGAGUGAGAGAGCCAGAGAAAGAGGGGCACACGGUGUGUGUUGUUAACAGUUUCGCCUCUUAUUGGGUUACAACAGCAACCCUCUACCAUUUAUGAAUUCUUUCACAGGGGCUGCAAAUGGAUCGGAUCAAUUUUGUGAUCCGGACUCCUUUCCAUCCGUCCCAUCUAUCGAGCGCCAUUUCCCUCCUCCUUUGCAAAGACGCCGGAGUCAGACUAAGCAGCGAAACUGUUCACAACAGAGACAGAGAGAUGGUAGCGGAGAAGAACAGCGACAGUGACGAGGAUGACACCUUCUUCUACCGCUACGCUUACGCUCCCCCCUCGUCUUCUUCCGCCUCAGCCGCAUCCCUUUCCUCUACCACUACAAAGAAAUCAGUCGGAAGCGGAGGUCUUGUCCCAUCAAAAUCAACUGUAUACGUGAGCAAUCUUGACUACAACCUCACCAAUUCCGACAUAUUUACCAUAUUCUCGACCUUCGGCAAGGUUGUCAAAGUCACCGUCCUCAAGGACCGCGUUUCCCGACGCAGUCGUGGAGUUGCUUUCGUCCUCUUCGUUUCCAAAGAUGAUGCCCUCCGUGCUGUCCGUGAGAUGCAAGGCAAGGUCUUGAACAAGAGGACCCUCACCGUCUCGAUUGCCGCGGACAACGGCCGAGCCGCCGAGUUCAUACGGAGGAGGGUUUACAAGGAUAAGAGCAGGUGCUACGAGUGCGGGGAGGAAGGUCAUUUGUCUUAUGAGUGCCCAAGGAACCAACUUGGGCCGAGGGAGAGGCCCGCGCCGAAGCGGUUACGGAGGGCGCAGGAUGGGAGUGGAUCAGGGAGAGGGGGUAUGGGGCAUGACGAUGGUGAUGACGAAUCAGAUGGUGGGGAGAGAUUUGAGGAUGACAAUUGGGCGUCUGUGGUUGACACAAGAGGGGCUGGCGAUAGGUUGAUCAAAGAAAAUGAAAGGAUCGCUGAGAAGAAGAUGAUGAAGAAGGAGAAGAAAACAAGCUAUUUUAGCGAUGAAAGUGAUGAGGAUGAUUAAUUUGGAUUUCGGCUUUCAUUAACUUUCAAGGAAUAAUGUUAGAAGGAGAGGAUUGAUGUAAAGGUACUGGGACCAUCUCCAGAAUUGAAGCCGAGUUCAACCUUGAGAGAGGCUGAGAGGGGGUGGGGGUGGGUGAUAAUGAGAAUUACUGUCACUAUCAUCUGAGCCUUGUUCCAACUAUAUGGGGUCGGCUGCAUGAAUCUUGCUUUGCCAGUCGCCAAAAUGUAUACGAGACAGGGAAGAAGAUACGCUGCUUUCUUUUUGCCAAUUCAAGUAUUCAACCAUGUAAUCUCAAUCCCCAAAGGCCAAAGGUUCCUGCUUCAAAAAGAAUCUAAUGUGUUAUUGUAUAGCUUGUUUUGGUCAUUUGGUGCCAUAUUUGAGAUAUUGCUGUUCUUUUUCAUACA